AGGGGAGAGGAGGGAGGCAGGACUGCAAAUGGCAGCUUCUGUGACACCACUGGGGGGAGGGAGGGACGGAGAGCAGAGAGAGCAAAGAAAUAGACGGGGGAGAGAGAGUGUGAAAGAGAGAGAGAGAGAGAGAGAGAGAGAGAGAGAGAGAGAGAGAGAGAUCAGCCGUCCAACUAGAUCAGAUUGCAAUAGAUUGAUAAAGAGAGAUGUUCAGUUAAUAAGCAGCGAGGAGGAUUGAACAGCUUCAUGUGAAGGAAAGACUUGAUGUUACCGAAGACGCAGGAGGAGCAGAGGACCGGCUGGACAAAUUGCUCCAGAAUAUGGAGAUACAAAAACCUGAAUUUUCACUGGAAUAAUCCCCGCUAAACGCUUCGUACCUGUUUUGUACGGGAGCCACCGACCCAGCGAGACAAAAAAAAAGUGUCUCGGCCCAAGGUUCUGGUGGGAUUCGGCCCGGUCGGAGCUGCGUCUCAUCCGCACUUGCGAAAGCACCUGAGAAAAGAGAGAGAGAGAGAGGCAGAGCGAGAGAGAGAGAGAGAGAGGGAGAGAGACAGAAGACUUCAGGCGAGGAUGAAGAAAUUCAAGCGCGGUCUGCGCCUCGUGCUGAAGAUGAUGGAGUGGGUUUCUCCGGUAUUAGAGUAACACACAAAGAAGGAGCAGCUGCGCUGGCAGAUGCAAAGAAUGCCUCAGUUUGGUUAAGUGGGACGCCGGGAGAGAAGACAGCGCCGUUUACUUCUGCAGCCCGGGGGGAGGACAGGUAGAGAGAAAGGGACGGGGCGAAAAACUAAAAUGCAACUCGGCCAGUGAUCACGCUGUGAGGGGCCUCGACCGCUCCGGGCCAGUCCCUCCACGCGGACCCUGCAGCCGGAGCAUGAGCGUGGGCAGGAUCAACCGCUACAGCAUUGUGUCGUCUGAGGAAGAGGGCCUGCGCCUCACGACCAUGCAUGGUAUGAACGGCUUCGGCAAUGGCAAGAUCCACACGCGCCGCAAGUGCCGCAACCGCUUCGUCAAAAAGAACGGCCAGUGCAAUGUGCAGUUUUCCAACAUGGAGGACAAGUCGCAGCGCUACAUGGCCGACAUCUUCACCACGUGUGUGGAUAUUCGCUGGCGAUGGAUGCUGUUGGUCUUCACCCUUGUUUUCGUUGUCUCCUGGCUGCUCUUUGGCUUGGCCUUUUGGGUCAUUGCUCUGCUGCACGGAGAUCUGGAUAACCCCGCCGGAGACGACAACUUCACUCCCUGCGUCCUCCAGGUCAACGGAUUUGUGGCGGCGUUUCUAUUCUCCAUUGAGACACAGUCGACCAUAGGUUACGGCUACCGCUGUGUGACUGAAGAGUGCCCGGUGGCUGUCUUCAUGGUGGUCUUCCAGUCCAUAGUGGGAUGCAUCAUUGACUGCUUUAUGAUUGGCGCCAUCAUGGCCAAGAUGGCGAGGCCUAAGAAGCGAGCGCAAACGCUGUUGUUCAGCCACAACGCUGUCAUUGCCAUGCGGGAUGGAAAGCUGUGCCUAAUGUGGCGGGUGGGGAACCUGCGCAAGAGCCACAUCGUAGAGGCCCACGUGAGGGCACAGCUCAUCAAACCUCGGAUCACUGACGAGGGGGAAUACAUUCCUCUGGACCAGAUAGACAUUAAUGUGGGCUUCGACAAAGGUCUGGACAGGAUCUUCUUGGUUUCGCCCAUCACCAUUCUGCAUGAGAUAGAUGUGAACAGCCCCCUGUUUGGGAUUGGCAAACAGGACUUGGAGACGGCGGACUUUGAGAUCGUCGUCAUCUUGGAGGGGAUGGUUGAAGCGACCGCCAUGACCACGCAAGCUCGCAGCUCCUACUUGGCCUCUGAGGUCCUUUGGGGUCACCGUUUCGAGCCGGUCUUGUUCGAGGAGAAGAACCUGUACAAGGUGGAUUACUCUCACUUUCACAAAACCUACGAGGUGCCGUCCACCCCCCGCUGCAGUGCCAAGGACAUGGUUGAGAACAAGUACUUAGUCCCAAGCUCUAACGCUUUCUGCUACGAAAAUGAGCUGGCCUUCCUCAGCCGCGAUGAAGGCGAGGAGGACGUAGGCGGUGGCAGCAGGGUUGUGGCGAACCUCAGUCCAGACAGGAACAGCCGACAUGAGUUUGAGCGCUUACAGGCCCCCAGGGCGGUGGAUCAAAGAUCAUAUCGUCGAGAGUCGGAAAUAUGACCUCGACCCAUUGACCCUGGAUCAACUUUCAAAAGCUGUAUCCAAGUGUGAAAUGCAGAACAAUGCAAAGUGCCAUAAGAAGGGUUGACUGCUGAGGAAGCAUAACAAUAAAAGGGACUUAACUGGAAGAACUGGGGGGAAGCAAGAGUACACAGAAUUGUGGUAAGGAAUGUCUACAAUCAAGGAAAAGGCAAUGGAAAGACCUUUUUCCUCAACGGAAACUUGAAUCUUUUUUCACAUGCUCAUUUUGAGUUAAGAGGUUCAACGAUAGUGCAUCAAAACCUCUGACAGAACCUUAUAAUCAAAGUGUAAAUACAUUGCUUAGGUAAGUUACGUUUUGUGUGCAGUAUCAGUUACCUCCCCGCAAAAGAACUUAUUUCAACUUUGGGCCAGAGUGACAAGGCCUCCCUUGAGCUCCCCUCGCAUUGCUGCAACGCACCGGACCUGCGUUCGUUGAGCCAUGAGAACAAUUCUUCACUUCCAUUCGUGUAUUGAUGAUCCCAAAUAACUACCAUGGUAGGCUACAUCGAUAGCACUAUGAAGAACAUAAGGAUGUAUGUUGAACAGAAAUUCACUUGACUGAAGCUUCACUCUGGUUAUAAACGCUUCACACCUCAUAUUUUGACCCUGUUUUAAAAACAUCUUAAGUCACUAACAUCAAGAUUUAUUUGCACUCAACACAUGUCAACACAUGUCGGGCCAUGUAGAAAGAUUGAGAAGUAGUCAGGUAAAACCAAACUAAAGCACAAAUGGAGGACAACUGUUUUGUAGUUCUUUGAAUGGCCAUGACUGGAGGAUACAGGUUGCAAUAUCCACGUUUGAAUUAAAAAAUAACAAUAAUGAAUAGCAGCAAUUUGUAACUCCACAGAGAUGCACCUUAACAAUUUCAAAUCAAACCUGUAUACUGAUAGUCAGCAACAGGUUUUUCUAAUUCAGACUGCAACAAACUGGCCUGAAUUGAAGACACAAUGUUUUUGUCGUUUUAAAAAUGAAUCUAUGCAUAUUGUUAACAGUAUCAGGGGAGAAAAAUCCUAUCGAGUUCUGUUUGAGUAAAGGAUGGUAAACUAUGGUACGACAUUGCUUUUAUCAAUACCCAGUGCUCAGCAUGAAGAGACCCAAAUGUAUGGAUUGAAUUUCUAAAAGUAGCCGUUGCGUUUAUCACUCAAUUCAUCCUUUUUAGUUGAAUUGGACUGAAAGUUAAAAUGGUAUUCAUCGUUAAACUUUUACGUUUUACAUGUUCACAGCAAGAAGGCAAGAAAGAGAACGGAGAAAAGAGACCAAACGCGCCAAUUCACAGCAGCCCGACCGACGGCUCGCCUUCAUUUUACACCAAAAGAGCGUAAACAAACUGGUCUUAUGUCAUUAAUAACAGGGCAAACUCGACCUAGUUUAUAGAUAAUAAUUAUAUGACAUUUUUACAACAAAAAUGAAUCGUGUGCAAGACUGAAAACCUGCUGUCCUGCUCUUUGCUGUGACAACAGAAACACGUGAGCAGCAGCAGAAGAAAGAGGAAGGAGCUCCUCAUGUUGACUUUUUCACAAACAUCACAUGCUGCAAAUGCAUAUUUAGCAAUAGGCUAAUGCAAUGAGUCAAUACACAGGGCCACGGUCGCAUGGAAGCAAUAACAACUAAAGCACAUGGUUCUGAAUUCAUUUUAGUCGGCUUAUCCUUAAUGAUUCUCUUGCAGUGAACAUGCAUAUUUAUAAUUCUGGCUCCAGAGAUCACGAGAGAAAGGUCCGCGCGAGGAGAAAGAAGUUCUUUGGUUAAUUGUACUCGUGUACUUGUUCUCAGAUUUCAUACCAAAGUAAUGACUGUAGCUCAGACUUCUGUUUUGAAGUGAUUGUUCCCCACUUAAUCUUCCAAAGAAUUCUUAAGAGGGAUCUUGAAAAAUAGAUAAUCGUGUUCCAAAAAAGUAUUUCCAGUUUUUAAAUGAGAUUCAAAUUAUUCCGAAAAAAAUACCACAAAUAAAGAAAAUCCUAAAUAAAGUAAAUAGAUUAAGUUGUGGUAACAGAUUCAAUCUAGCAGUUUAAGAGACACAAUUAUAAUGCAUGAUCACUUUUCUUUUGGCAUGGGCAAUAGUGUU